AUGGCGCGCGCCCGCCCGCUUGGGGCUGCGGGGGCUUGGGGGGUGGGCGUGUGUGCGCGCGGGUUUUCUCUGAAAUCCGACGCCUCUCUCGCGGGCCCCGGCGGGAGCGUGGACUGCGGCUCUCGUCGAGCGCUGCCCGCCGCCGCCCCUCCCCGCCCCGUCCUCCCCGGUCUCCGGGAUCUGCGUUCCCAACGCCAGCCCUCGGUCAUUUCCUCCAAGUCGCCGCUAACGGCCGCAGCCCGAAGACCCAACCACCCUGGGACUCGCUCCGCAGUCCACAAGUUUCAGGUGAGUGAUUAUGUUCCCUGGCAGCGGUCCAAGCAGAAAACGAAGACACCUAGUCUGCCUCCGCUGGGACAAGCCCGCAGUGCUAAUAAGAGCAAAAUGAAGACCUCGACUAGAGUUCAGCCAGUGGUGCAUUCAAAGACCACUCCUGUAGGGACAAGCCAGCUGAAGAAUCCACAAGAACUGCAUGGAAGGGAGCAGGUGCAGCCUUGGAAGAUGCAGGCCAAACUCCGGUUAAUGAGGUCCAUGCUGCGGACCCAGAGGACCUCGCUGCAGGAGCUGAGCAACCACGAGCGCUUCCUCAUCAAGCUCAAUGAGGAGCUGAUCGAGGCCAUCCGGUGCAUGGAGGACAGCACCGCCCUGACCGUGCGGACGAUGGUGCAGCAGCACUACGUCCUCGGGAACGUCAUCGACAUCUUGGAAUACUCAAACAAGAAGAGGGUGCAGGAGUUGAAGACUGAGCUUCUAGAGUGGGAAGAAUUGGAGAAACUCAAGUUGAAACGCCUGGAGCAGCAGCUGGAGCAGCUGCAUGCAGAGAACAAGAUGACCCACGAGGAGGCGCGAUUCCUGAGCACAUACAUGGACCACGAAUAUCCUGUCAAGUCUGUGCAGAUUGCCAGUCACAUGCGCCAACUGCAGCAGGCAAAGGACGACCAGAAGGACGAGUUGGAUAACCUCAGUGAGAUGCGUAAAGUGGUCCUUGGGUCUUUGUCUAAUAUGAUUCAGGAGAAGAAGAAAAGCAUUCUGAGGUCUCUGAUGAUGAAAACCCAGAAACCUCAUGAGAAGCGUCUUCUGCAGAAGACUCAGAAUAGCCAGCACACGCAGAAGUACACAGUCUGGGUCAGAGGCCUUAUUGAUCAAAUGAGGAAGGAAAUACCCACAUUAAUGGCUGAGGUGGAAGAGCCCCAAGCUGAGAUCUUGGAAACCCGAGAGGUCGUUUUUGAGGAUGUUCUGCUUCGGAGACCCAAGUGCACCCCAGACAUGGCCAUUGACCUCAACAUCCCAGUGGAAGAGCCGCUCCCCUUCUAG